AUGAACAGUUUCCGACCCUUUGGGUUUCCUGCCAACUUCGUGAAGACUCAGAGUGAAGCAGCUCAGUACACAGAGACCUUGUUUCAUCCUUGCAGCUCUGAUGGCUCCCUCUCGAAGGGGAUCAAGAGGAAAUGGGACGCCAUCAGUGGAAAAGAAGUAUCUGUGGAAGCAUUCCCGAUGCUCAUGCGGCGCUCACCCAGUUCCUCAGACAACAGUAAAAUGAGCUCUGCGACUGUUUGUACCAUCUCAUCUGCGAGAGAGACUGACGAGGAGUCUUCCAUGGACCUGGGCCUGAAUUUCCAUCUCCACCUUGGAAAUGACAGUUCACUCAGCCCCACGGGGCCCUCCGCGAUGAUGACCCCAGGAUCCCUGGAGGUGGGCCCUGUCUGCGAUCUUCAAUUGAGUUUAUCUACGGGCCCGUCUCAGUCUGUGAUCACUGCCAUGACUCCUUUCUCGGACCCAAGUGACAAGAUCCUGGAGGCCUCGGUAGAUUUUGGCUCAGCAUCAUGUCGUCCGCAGCCACAGCUCAGCUUCUCAGGUACUUCUGGCAGCGUUCUCAGUCACGCGACCGCCGGGGGCAAUGGAGGAUCCCGGCUCUUAUCAAGGGCCAAGGCACAGAUUUCAAAAGAACCAGCCUCCUGCUCUUCUGGGUUCACACAGCAGCGGCCAGCUAAUACGAAGGUCUGCCAGUUCCACGGCUGCGGCAAAGGGGCAAGAGGGGCGUCCGGCCUCUGCAUAGCUCACGGUGGGGGCAGGAGGUGCCAGAAGGAGGGCUGCCCCAAGGGGGCAGAGGGACGGACGGUCUACUGCAAGGCCCACGGCGGCGGGCGGCGGUGUCAGACCCUCGGUUGCAUGAAGAGCGCCGAAGGCCGCACAGACUACUGCAUUGCCCACGGCGGCGGACGGCGGUGCAGCCACGAGGGGUGCACGAGAGCUGCUCGAGGGAAGUCCGGCCUGUGCAUCAAGCACGGAGGCGGCAAGAGAUGCCAGAGGGAGAACUGCACCAAGAGCGCGGAGGGCUUCUCCGGCCUCUGCAUCGCGCACGGAGGAGGGCGGCGCUGCCAGUACCCAGACUGCACGAAGGGGGCCCAGGGGAGCACCAUGUUCUGCAAGGCGCACGGCGGCGGGAAGAGGUGCUCCGCCCCUGGGUGCACGAAGGGGGCCGAGGGGAGCACGCCGUUCUGCAAGGGCCACGGCGGAGGAAAGCGCUGCUCCUUCCAGGGCGGCGGCGUCUGCCCAAAGAGCGUCCACGGCGGGACCCUCUUCUGCGUCGCCCACGGCGGCGGCAAGCGCUGCGCCGCGGCGCAGUGCACCAGGAGCGCCCGUGGGCGGACGGACUUCUGCGUCCGCCACGGUGGGGGGAAGCGCUGCAAGUCCGACGGCUGCGGGAAGAGCGCGCAGGGCCGCACCGACUUCUGUAAGGCCCACGGCGGGGGGAAGCCCUGCGCGUGGGGGCAGCCGGGGUGCGACCUCGGCGCUGGCGGUUCACCGUGCGAACGGUUCGCCCGGGGGAAGACCGGCCUAUGCGCCGCGCACGCCGCCCAGGUGCCGGACCGCCGUGUCCACGGUGGCGGCGCUCUUGGGGCUCUCGUGCCGCUUCUCCGUCUGCAACAGGCCAACCCCGAGAAGAUGAACCCCCACGCUGCCGCCGCCGCCGCCGUCGAAGAAGACGAAGACGCCCCCACCUCGAGCUGGAACCCUCUCAGCCCGCCGCCGCUUCCUGAUUUCCUUUCCCACCCGGAGCGGAGGGUGCACGGGGGGAGUUUGAUGUCGCUGCUAGGGGACGAGCCUGGACCACCCCCUAGCAAAUGGGUGUAG